AUGUCGCUGCAACCAUUCCUCCUGAAAAAUGUCAAACAAAAGCUCACUAGACAACUCAACGCGUUAAACGGUUUACUCUUCGAAGCUCAAGAGUUUGAGGAGCCAUGGCGCUUCCCCACUCAAGCUCAAGAGUUAGAAAUGUUCCUCAUUUCAAAAGAAAUAGUCGUCAAAAACCUGAUGUCUCAGCUAGAGCAGCGUAAGAACGACAUCAGCGACUACUACGCCGAAUGUAAUCAGUCCAUCAACGACAUUCUUGAAGAAGAAGUCAAAGCAGACAUCGAACAGCAGUUCGAUGAGUACUGGCAGGGUAAAAGAGGAGAAGAACUACUCAGUCAGGCAGAAGACUUCAAGCGCAAACUAGAAAGAAGACUAGUAGAACUUUUAUGCCAAGAAACAAGCGCCAAACAAGAAUUCAAAAGAGAACCACAACAAGGUAGUUCAAACCAAUCCCACUCUCCACAAAUCCUUGACCAGUCAACGACACCAGGCAAUGUUAGGAUGCUGGAACAUAGGUUGCUCGGAAAUGAACUUCGAGUACCUAACUUCUAUGGUAACCCAUCGACGUUUAACUCGUUUUGGGAAUUAUUUGAAGAAUUGGUACACAAGCAGCCAUAUUCAAACAUCGAAAAGUUGUCAAUCCUUAUCAACUGCUGCAAAGGAGACGCAGCUAGAACGCUCCAAAUGAUUCCUCGAACGGGCGAGUCGUACGAUAAAGCGAUUGCUCAAUUAAAAAGCCAGUAUCAGGACCCAAGGCGAAUAAUCAUGCAGAUGAUUAAGAAACUGAAAUCAAUGAAACAAUGCCCUGAUGACUACCGCUCCUUAAGGAACAAUCUCAAUGACAUCCAGGCCAUCAUAGCCACCCUGGAAAAACAAGGAGAAGUCGUCAACACCACCAAUAUGAGAACCAUGGUCUUGGAGACGUUUUCAAAGAAAAUCCAAGACGAAAUGGCGAAAAAGGAGUUCGAUUCUGGUGGCCUGUGGAGCAUGACGAAUCUACUGGAUAAUCUGUCUACAGCUAUCCGACGUAAAGAACACGUCGAUAGCAUAAGAGACCCAGUUCAAGGAGAACCCCAAAUCUUUUCAACCAACGUCACGGUGGUAUCUAACCUGCGAUGCACUGGGUGUGGCCAGCAGCAUAAAUUCCAAUAUUGUAAUAAGUACUCAAGUAUCACUCAAAAGAUAGCACGCUUACGCGAACUACACGCAUGUUGGAAGUGUUUCAGCCCUAAACACCAAACACAGUUUUGUAGAAAACAGAACUGUACACAAUGCGGACGUCCCCAUAACCCCUUACUUUGCCGUCAGAUACAACAAGACCGCAAAGGAGGACCCUGGGAUAGCAAUCACAAAAGAUUCCGCUCCUUGUAUCCAUUACCACAGAAAUACUGGCCUGGCAGCACACGUCAAAAGUGUUAUUCUCCAAGAAGACCAGUCCAGAGCAGAAGUUACUCGCCCAACAAUAGCUUCAACAGAAGGAAGGAUCUCACGCCAAGUAGAUAUGACAAAUCCCCGCAGAGAGUAUCACCUCAACCAUCGUCAAGAAGGCCUGGCGAGAAGAUCACACCCGAACGUGAACACUCACCGCUUCAAAAUCAGCAACGUCAAGUACGAUUCCAUCAUUCGCCUAAACCACGACGUCGCUCCUCUGAGAGCGUGACGGUCAACUUACAAGUACAAGAAAGGCAGAUAGAAGACAACAACGACAUAGAAGACAGAUUCACCGAUACGUUCACAAACAGCAGUGCUGUACGAUUGAUGAUGGUUCCGGUACAGCUUCAAACGGAUCACGAUCAAAAGAAGACAACAGUAAUAGCUCUGUUAGAUUCUGCGUCAGAUCAAUCCUUCAUAACAACAUCACUCGCUCAUACACUAAAUCUCAAUAUAAAGAGCGAAGCUACAAUCAUAGUGAAUACCUUUGGAGGAAAAGCUGAGAAGAGAAAAACUAAGAGAGUAAUCACCUCACUAUUCAACGCGGAAGGAGACUUCAUAAACGUCGAACUUCUGACAAAUGAUCAAAUUACACCCCCUCUCCAGAUGGGGUCAGUACUUCGAGAAGACGAGCUCUUCAUCCGCGAACACCUCUCCGAGGACGAAGUGCUCAGACUCUUGGAAAUGAAUAAUGAUACAGUAAUCCCCGGAAUACUCAUAGGAAUGGAUUACUUCAAUUCGGUCAUGCAGCUCGACGAGCCUGUCCUCCGUCUUCCGUCAGGACUCCUCCUCACGCACACUUUCUUCGGUCCCGUGAUAUCAGGUGCACCUCAAUUUGAUCAUGGACAACAUGAGAGAAGCUAUUUCAGCAAACGGGUCAUCAAUUCAUGCACUAUCCUCGAUUCAAACGGCAAUCAAAUUGACAUAUCGGACUUGUGGAAGCUUCAUACAAUAGGAAUCGAAGAUAUGACUUCCGAUGAAGAAAUAAACAACCAAAUCAUAGCAGAUUUCUAUUCAAAAGUUCAAGUCAAAGACAACAGCAUUUUUGUGUGUUUCCCUUGGAAGCCAAACAAAAUGCGCCUUGCCAACAACUACACACUCGCCUUAAGCCGACUUCAUCAACUAUUCAAAAUGAAGGAGCGUAACCCUCAGUGUUGGAAGGAGUAUUGUACUAUAAUUGAGGAUCAACUCAAGAAAAAAUUUAUUGAAGAGGCCCCCCGGUUCCCCACCGGGAGCAACACGCCAUGCUACUACAUCCCUCAUCAAGCAGUUAUCAAAUCGGAAAAGGCCACAACCAAGACGCGCAUCGUUCUCGACGCCUCUUCCAAAAAGAAAGGGGAACUUAGUCUCAAUGACGUAAUCCAUCAGGGACCUCUCAUACUACCCAACUUAUGUGGCGUUCUCAUCAGGUCAAGAAUAGGAUCCAAAAUCAUGAUAGCAGACGUAGAAAAGGCGUUUCACAUGAUUCAUUUGCAAGAAACAGAAAGAGACGCGGUCCGAUUCUUAUGGCUGAAGAAUACCUCUCAACCCCCAACUCCAGACAAUCUUCAGAUACUGCGAUUUUGUCGACUACCAUUCGGCAUAAACGCUUCACCAUUCCUACUAGGGAUUUCCAUUAGAUAUGGCAUUGAAAAACAGUCAAAUCUCGAUAAAGAUUUUCAAAUCCAACUUAAUGACAAUCUUUACGUGGACAAUGUCCUUCUAACAGACGAUUCGACUCAAUCUCUCCUUCGAAAAUGUCAACUGAGCAAACAGAUUUUCAAUAAUAUGGCAAUGAACCUACGCCAGUUCAUCACAAAUGACGACAUCUGCAAUCAAUCAAUACAACCUUCCGACCUUUCAAACACCAACUCGAUUAAAAUCCUAGGUAUACCAUGGAAUCACAAGACCGAUAUCCUUUCAAUCACUUGUAAACUAAAGCAUUCUUCAACUUUAACAAAGCGCAAAGUACUGCAACUGACCCACUCGACCUUCGACCCGUUAGGAUGGCUUAUACCGUUACUUUUAAAAGCAAAGCUUUUCCUUCAAGACCUAUGGAAACACAAAUACAAUUGGGACGAAUCGCUUUCCUCCCCUCUCACCGAAACGUGGAAAACAAUCUAUGAACAAGCGGCUGGGUUCGUAUGUUCGAUCCCUCGUGUUAUCGCAACUUUCACAAUAAAGCAUCACUGCGAACUGAUGACAUUCGUCGACGCAUCGAUACGGUCGUUCGCGGCAGCAGUUUAUUUACGUACGAUCAAUAGCGACGAGGCUAUCCGGAGCACCUUAGUAAUGGCAAGACAACGGCCGGCUCCGCUCAAUCAACAAGCGAAAACUGUAACGAUCCCAAGACUGGAACUAUUAGCACUCCUAAUUGGAAUUCGCUUAGCAAACUUUGUAUUGAAGGAAGUCCGUCUAGCUCUAAAAGAAAUUUACGUUUUUAGCGAUUCCCAAGUAGUUCUUAGCUGGGUUCAAUCGAAAACAAAAAUGGGGACCUUUGUCGACAACCGCUGUCAAGAGAUCCGAAAAAAAAUGCAGGAGUGGACAGACAAUGGCAUCCUUUGUCAUUUGCUUUACAUACCAUCUGAAUUGAAUCCUGCAGACUGCGCGACAAAAGGCCUAACUAGAGAACAACUGAAGAAUCACAUCUGGUGGACAGGCCCACCUUUUCUACUCAAACCCAGGUCCCAAUGGCCCGAUCUACCAGAAUUUUCGUGGAAAAUAGAAGAUAACACACAAAACUCCAGCGCCGAAAGCAACCUUACCGUUCUAACCAUGAAAUCCGCCAAAGAGCAACAAUCGCCGAUAUUAUUUGAAAGCAAGUUCUCGUCAAUCAGAAAGUUAAAAAGAACAGUGACCCUCGUUUUAAAAUUCCUCAAAAGUGCUAUUUAUAACAAAAUUUCAAUAAAAAAUAAAGAAAUACUCAAGAAUGCUCUACCUGAAAUCGCUCACAUGACAGAGAGUCGGCCUUUGACAUCAAUACAGUCCCUUGACCUAUCACAAGCUGAAAAGCUCAUGAUACGGUACGCACAAAAGACAAUACGAACGCAAAGGUCCACGAAACUACACAAUUUACAAUUAUAUACAGAUCCGAACGGUAUCAUUAGAUGCCGAGGUAGAAUUCAGGCUAAACAUUUAGCUGAAGAAACCCGAGAACCAAUACUUCUUCCAGAAGAUCAUCAUCUUACUGCUCUACUCAUUGAGGACAUCCAUCGUCGAUGCGGACACCAGAGUGUCAAUGGAACAUUGGCAAAUCUCCGAUUGAACUACUGGAUCCCAAAAGGAAGACAACAGGUGAAGAAAUGCUUAAGAGCGUGCUUAACUUGUAAAAAAUGGAAUUCUAAGCCAUAUUUCUACCCGAAUUCUCCCCCACUACCGCAAUCACGAACACAACCAUCGCGACCCUUUCUCCAUGUCGGCAUCGAGCUCGCCGGCCCCUUUCAAGUGAUCGUGGGAGAGAACGCCGAGCAAAAGAAAUGGAUACUGCUUCUCACCUGCAUGGUAACAAGAGCAGUACACUUGGAAAUAGUGAAUAACCUGAGUGCGGUAGAAUUUCUUAAUGGCCUACGCCGUUUUGUAGCGAGGAGAGGAAAACCAGCCCUUAUAAUCUCGGAUAAUGCAACUAAUUUUACUUCAGGAUGCGAAAUUCUCAAAGCUUCAAGCAAUGAACUCGAAGCAUCAAAGCAACAUAUUCAAAAUUCCCUCUCUAACGAAGGAAUAAAAUGGAAGUUUCUCACCCCACUUUCCCCCUGGAAAGGAGGUUUCUACGAACGCAUGAUAGGAAUAAUGAAAUCAAUUCUCAAAAAGACAUCAAGACGCAAGGCAAUACAUGAAUACGAGUUCGCUACAGUGGUACCAGAAUGCGAAGCUAUGGUUAACACAAGACCACUCACUUACUCCGGUAGCACAGUAGACGAUUCAGUCGUUCUUCGACCGAUCGAUUUCAUUAUUCCCUACGCGAACGUGAAUCUUUUACCCUCUACAGAAACCGACUCAGAGGAUCCUGACUACUGUCCUUUCAUCUCGUCGCGAGCGGAAACAACUCAACUCUUUCAGCGACAUACCCGAUAUCUAAACAACUUGUGGAAGUUCUGGACGGUCAACUACCUACUAGAAUUGCGUAGCUUCCAUCAAACGCGCAUAAAGCAAAAAAGUUUCACAAGAAAGCAGCCGCACGUCGGCGAAGUCGUGCUCAUCAUGGAAGAAAACACUCCACGUGGUGAAUGGCCCCUAGGAUUGGUCACAAAGUUAAUACAGGAUCAAGACGGUUACGUUCGAUCUGUUGACCUCAAAACGGCAAAGUCCAACAUAACGAGAUCAAUAAACCUACUCAUCCCAUUAGAAGUAGAAGAUAAUCAAUGCAAUAACAACGACAACGAAUCAAUGGAUACACCACAAGCAUGCGCAAACAGCAGUAAAAAACAUUGCGAGACUAGCGCCCCGCAAAGCAACAAUAUGAACAAUAUGACCAAUCGAACUAGACCGUGGCUACCACGGCGCGCAAAAGAACAAAAGAGCUAUCGCGUGAACGCCAUCCAGUUACAAGACAACUCCGCGCACGCGAGUCGCUCAAGCUUAAAUUGGCAGGGGUUACUCAUGCUCACUUUAUUUGCCAGUCUAUGCGGAAACGCGCACUCGCGAAUGAACACAAAGAACGAACACGACGUAAUCCAAUGCACAAAAGGCGGCGUAAUUAUUCGAACAUACGGUCAGCCAGAUCGAAUGCAGGUUUGCGCGAAUGAUUACUGUAUAGAAAUACAAAAUCCCGACAAAUUAAUUACAGCUCAAUUUCCAGCAGAAAUUACUCUUCAUACUUAUCACGUAUUAGUCAAAACACUGUUAGACAAUUCCACACAUGCCUUUCACUGGGCAUGUUCGCCGAGUCCCUUUUGUGAGCAGAUUCAGUGCACACUCUGCUCCCAAAUGAUAACCAAUCCAGAAUGCUGGCCUCGGCUAGCAAUUGUACUAACCGCUGCGUUAUUCUACACAACGCUCAUAACAAUAUAUUUGCUAUGUCAAACCGUGAGGAAAAUAUCUAGAGGAAUGAGAACCAUAAAAAACAUCUUUACCGCCGCAAAGAAUUCCUGCCCUUUUCAACGAAGACCCCGACGCAACUCAUCAACACAAUCUAUUCCAUUGAUUCAAAUCAAUAACGAAAAUAACAAGAGGUGGAAAUCUUCAACAUUCAUCCGACUUUUGGCCAUCUGCGCCAUCUCCCAACAACUUCACGCAUGCCAACAAGUGAUCCUUGUUCCCUCAAGUAUCAGCCAAUGUAACUCAAGAACUCAUAACUGUGAUAACAUCACUACAAUAAUAGCCAAAUUCAAUACCAUGCAAACCGAACUAUGCUUACAAGCAGAGCACAAAAAUCUUCGUCGACACCUCAUGAAAAUAACGGUGGAAAAACUUAUACUCAAAUGUCAAAAAGAGACACUUUACUUCACUCAAAAUACCGAAACACACGUGCAGUCCCGCAAACGAUGUCCACAUAUGGGCUCUUGCAUAGGAUCAAAAUGCACAGCAAUCUCACCCGACACCCUGGUUAAAGAACUCGACGUUGCUAACAACUUCCCCGGAAUAACCUAUUGCACAGAGUCAUGUGGUGGAUGGGGAUGCUCAUGCGGCUUUCCGUCGUCAGGGUGCCUUUUCUAUCGAAUUUAUCACACCCCAAAAGACAAGGAAAUCUACGAGGUAUUUCACUGCCCCACGUGGCAUGAAACUGUCAAACUCAAAAUCGAACAAACCCAUACUCACGACGCGCACAGAGUAUUCACAGGAGAAAUCAAACCUUACACCAUUCGUACCCUCGCUAACACCAAAAUAGAAGUAACAUCCUUCUCUAGCUCUUCAAUAGCCAUUCAAUACAAACGCUUCCUAACCAACAACAAGACAACCGCAUAUUUAGAUGACGACGCUACAUUUAGCUACGCAUGCACUAACAACCCUUCCCCUUUGAACAACUCCACUUCAACAUGUGCCAUAAAAGACACUUGCAAAUGCAACCCUGCAGAAGACUCAAUAUCGUGCUAUUGCAUGCACAACGACGUCUCACACCUACGCCACUUACCCAAUGUACUACCACUUCCCAUUCCAAAUGGAGUCAUUAUAGCAGGACCGAAACAGAUACCCCAAAUUCAUACAAGUACAUUUGCCUCAGAGCUAGCAAUACACCUUGAUCCAACAAGCUUUCAAAUAGAACAACUGAUAGUGGAUUUCUAUUGCACUAUUAUACCAAUUAGUUUCGGCGGGUGUUACGACUGCUAUAAGGGAGCAGAGGCCAAAAUCAGUUGCGCGGCAGAUGUGCAGCACGCAAUAGCACAGGCGACGUGCGGAACGCAACAGUUCGUACUCACAUGCACAAGACAGGGAAAAACAAACCAAAUACGUCUAUUCUUCAACAGUGCGCGCAUCAAAGAACAAUGUCAAGCCCAAUGCGGGUCUCAAACAAUGAUAUUCGAACUCAAGGGUACCCUAAAUUACAUCACCGGUUUAAGACCCUUGUGGAAUUAUACAAAGCAAUGGAACAACACCAUUCAAGAUGACUACACCUUUGACCUAUCAUUGAACCUUCCAGAUUUUCACCAUUUCCUUGCAAUAUGCAAGGCCUUUUUCCUGUUCACCGUUACAGUUCUCAUCAUCAUGCCGUUUCUCAUGGCUAUCAGCAUAGCGUAUCUAUGCUCAAGUACAACAAAAACAUCAACGCCAGCUUCUCGAUCCUCAACACCGACAUUCCUCCUACCAUUCCCAAUGUCUCUCGCCUGCUCGCUUUUAAUUCUCAUUUUCAAGCGACUCUUCCUUUUAGUUUCUUAUACUAUACGUCUGCCCUUUAUGUUCGUAAAAUUUUUAAUGCAUAAGCUACUCCAACUCUCCACGUUUACCGUAUUUAUCAAUUAA